AAUGUGAAAUACUUCGCACUACAGCAGUCUAACACGCGUUGACGAUAACAGAAGAUUGCUUCGAUACCAAGGAUUGUACCACUUUGCUUAGACCGACUGUUAUACCGACUGUGGAAACCUAACUUCAUACUGGGGUACCGCAUACCCUCUAAAUUACGUCUCUUUGGUAACAAAGGUCCGUCCAGUCUUCUACUAUGUGUAGUCACUGUUUGUUACUUGUCAAAGAAAAGAUGGAAGCCAUUUGCAUCUUCUGUGGAUCAACCAACAAUUCUGUUCGUUUAAAAAAUAUUUAUUAUUGUUUAACAUGAGCGACGACGAAGAUGCUCUUCUUAACAAAGACAAAAAUCAGGACCAGAUCCGAGCGGAAUUGUCUGAGAUGAGCUUCGAAGAUUUACAGAAGCUCAAAGAAAAGCUGGGAACUAAAAUUUAUAAGGAAGCACUAUUUGGUCCAGGAAAGGUCAGAAAAAUCGAAUUUAAACGGGAAAAUAAAAACAGACCUCGGGAAAUGUCCGCCAAAAAAACUGUCUCUCGAUUCAGAGAAGCGGUACAUGUAAAAAAGAGCGUCCCUAGGGACCCUAGAUUCGAUAGCUUGUGCGGUACAUUCGAUCAAAAAGUAUUUAAAAAAACUUACGGAUUCCUUGGCGAAAUGAAGAAGAACGAUUUAGCAGCAUUGAAGAAACAGUUGAAAGAUACUGAGGAUCCAAAGAUAAUAAAGAAAGUCAAAUACCUUAUACAGAGAUUAGAAAAUCAGUUACGCGAGGAGAAGAGAAAGGAACAAGACGAAGAGCAGAAGAGCAAAGAAAAAAAGGAGAUAGUUGAAGCGAUUAAACGUGGAGAAAAGCCUGCUUUCAAAAAGAAAUCUGAGAAGAAGGUUUUGAAUUUAGUUUCCCAAUACGAAGAACUUAAAAAUUCUGGCAAACUUAAGAAGCACAUUCAAAGGUUACGCAAGAAAAAUAUGCGCAAGGACCGACAAAGACUGGCGUCUAAUUCAGAAAUAGAAUGAAACAAUGAAUAAUAAAUAAAUAAAAAUUUCUACAAGUUGGACAUUGUAAAAAUAAUGAUUGUAUAUAAGAAAAAUAAAAUAACAGUUAAAUAAAAUUCUUUUUAUCUAGCAGGUCACCUCCCUAAGCUAUGUUUAAGUAUCCACAGUCAGGACGAAACGAUAAAGAGUGCUUUAUUAAUUAUGUAUUUUUUAUUUAACAUCAAAAGUAAUGACACUUGGGUUGGACAAUGUCUCUCGUUUCUUUCUUAAUGUAUUUCACGUGUGAAAACAGAACUUACAGAAUAAUCAAUAUGAAAGGAAUCGUCAAUCAGAAAGAGAUUAGUUUGGUAGAGCGGUGUACAUUAUCUGAGCGUGUACGUGUGUCUUUCUCUCUCUAUGUCGCAGGUGGAUUUUUUAAUUUUUUUUUUGGGCGUGUACUUGUGUGAAGUGUGUGUGUGCGCGCGUGCGCAUGUGUGUGUAUGUGUGUAACAUAUGCGACGCUAAAACGAAAAACAGAAAAGGUGUAGAAGGGGACCCGUACGCAAAAGACGGUCCUGUUUAAGUGGGACCGACUUCCGAUGGGUUCACCGUUCGCGCAUGAUCUGUUUGUCCGUCUUCAAUUAUUUAAAAUAUUUACAAUAUUAAUAAAACAUCAUUCAUAUUUUUUGUUUUUUUUUUCUUUUUUCUGUUUAUAAUUUUUUUAAUCAUUCAAUGAUUCUGCCGUAGUGUGGCGGGCUGUGCAGGGGUGACGUUUCACUUUUGAAAUUCUCGUGACACUGUAUUUUGUUUCUUUGUUCAUUGCGUUCUUGCGAUUCUUGUUUCAUAUUAUUUCUAUUGUUUUUGAUUUCGAACGUUGUAGGGCCAAUUAGGUUUCACCGAUCGCGGUUAAACAAAAAGCGAACGGAUCUGUAUAUUAAACACACGUUUGCUACGUUCUCUCGCCCACACAUUCACGCAUCCCUUUCUCUCUCGUUUUUACGCUGAUUCACCCGAAAAAUCAUUUUACGACAUUGUUUAGUUCGACGAUCGAGGUACUCGUUUGUAGACAACCGAAAGAUUUGCGACUCGUGUGCCGAGGAUCGCCAAUUCUAUGAAUCUGCAGAUAAUGAUUGAAGAUAAAACAGUGAAUGUAACGGUCAUAAAACUAGGGGAACAGGUUUCAUUGGCCGUUAAUCUAGCCGCAUAACCGGAAACCUACAGAAGGUAAUUCGAUAAAUGAAUAACGUGGCUUUGCGGAACAGGAGGUUAAGAACGUCUAUACGAUGCGGUUUUAUGAAUGCGAUUACUGAUUCUUAAUGAGUGCUCAUGCCGAGGGUUAUAAAUCAGAGAUGUCCAAGGAAAUCAGGGACUUCCCCUUUUAUCGUUUACCUCGUGUAGGUUAUGAUAGUCGAGUAGAGGAAGCACCGGAAGUCACGUGGACAUUUCAAUCGUAAACGAAGCUGCUGCCUAAGAAAAAUGAACGAAUCAGGCACGAAAAGCAAAAAACGCGGAUUCUCGUCCGUGUCCCGCUCAGUCCGCCGCAAUAAUUUGUGGUCUUAGACCGAAAUUACCUUUCAUCGUCACUUCUCCAUGAUUUUUAUUCUCGGUCUCGUUCGCUCUCUCUCUCUCGCUCAUUCGUUCUCUCUUUCUCUCUCCACACCGUCAUACUUUAUCAUAUCUUCUUUUCCUUCUCCUCUUUUCAUCGACUGCAUCAUCUUUUUUUUUUGUUCGCUUAUACGUACUUUGUUUUUUUCUUCAACAACACGAUCUAGACUAAACCAUAUAUAAUAAUUACAUCUAAUAAUAUCUUAUUGUAACAUGUAUUAUAUUAUAAUUAUUAUUAUUAUUAUUAUAUUAUUAUUAAUGUUUUAAUUCUUAGCCUAAAGUAAAGAGGCGCACGACGGCAAAGCAUAUUUUUUUUAUUUUUGGGCUCCUACGCCCCCCGGGCACGGAACACCCUGUCGACAAACCACGGAUCCUGCAAUCCAGCUCCGGCACUAUAUCGCGAGUAAUUACUCUUUUCCAUAAACGAAUGAGCCAAUCGCGUCCUCCCCCUCCCCCUAUACUUGUCCCGCCAUGUUUCUUCCCUCUUAUUCUAAUUCUUUUCUCAAUUUUCUCCGCGCCCUACCUCGAAACACGGGGAUCCGCCGAAGGCAAAAUCUGUAUUUUCUCUCAUUUUCUUCUUUUGUUCGAUUUCGUUGUGACAGGAAUGACGCUCUCUAACCACAUACACUCACGAAGCUACAUAUAUGUCAUAACGAUGUCCCAUAAAGUAGGAAACCAGGAAAACCAUCAUGGAAACGAAGUUACCCCACGUGACAUCGAAAACUCUCCUUCUGCGGCAUCAUAGCAAAACAACCUAUCUCGAAUGUCGUUUUUUCUUGUUCGUUGCGAAUAAGAAAAUCGGGGACGUUUUAUACGAUCAAAGAAUUUCUUUUGUUUAAUCCAGAUCCGAGUUCGACGAGCAACGCGACGACGGUACACUGCUGCCCUCUUUCUGCUUGUCUUUCAAUUUUUGUUCUCUUUUUUUUUUUACAGGAAACGUUUUGUCCGGUUGUAUUUCUGAUGGCGAUCCACGUGUCUCGAAAAACAAUUUGAAACUGUUUCGCCGGUCCUACCGAAUCUCUUUCUCUCGUGCGGGAAACGUAAGAGAUUGGUGAAGUACUGAAAUGCGGCUCGAACGAUUCGGCCAGCCCGUCGCGCGCACCAACGUGGCAGAAGAAUAUCUUCCAGAAGGGCUGGAGGAAAUAUUCAUAACCGUCGAGAUUUGAUUCGCGAGUGAUGUGAUUCGAAACUCGGUGGGAUUGGCGAAAGGAAGAACGUGUUAACGCGUGUACGGCACCUCAAGAACACCUCGAUUAUUGAACACUUAGGGUAGUUUUUGGGGCCAGGGCCGCCGAGCGAGCGUGUCACCCUCGGUCUAUCAUCUAGAAUCCUCCUCGACGGUCCGUUCGCCUUUCAUUCGAGGCGGAACAAAGAAACUAAAGAACCUGGUAAACCCCUCGAGGUCGUUCCUUCGCAUCGGUUCGUCGAGUCGAUGGCAAACACGAUCGAUGACGACGAUGGCGAACGAUCCUUCGUCAACGAGUUAACGCGUUACCUGCCGCUCCUCUUUGCCCCGAAGUUCUCCGCUCGAAACGAAGCGCCCACUUUUAUCGUCGACGUUUUUUCAGCGCGCGCAUACACUCGCACAACGCACACACAUACACACACAACAUACACGAGAAGCCGCGAAAGCGAGCAACAAGGACGAAAAAUGAUCGGCAAAAAGAGAAACGAGAACGAAAACGUAGAAUAGAAAGAAAGAAUAUACUGGUAACGUUUCACACCCGGAGAAGCUCGAAACACGACCCGACAUGAUGAUCAUCGCGCGUCUCGGAUCGUCCCGGCCCAAAAAGUCGCGUGGCAGGCAUUUUAAGUCACCUUCGUUCAUUUUUUGUUUUGUUUUGUUUUUUUUUCUUCUUUUUUUUUGGUUUCGCUUUUGUUGCUCCUAGAAAAUGAUUUGAAGGGGCGUUUGUCUCGAUACUGACACACACAUACACACGACAGACGACCGCGGGUUGGUGGUACAGGGCGUUCUGCGUACGGGGGUCAAUAUGAUUUAUAGCGAGCUGUCCCGCUGGCGUUUCUUUAAACCUAUGAAAAACUAAGAGAAUGAAUUUAUACCUUCUUAUUUUUUUUUUUUGUUCCUUUACUUUUAGUUUCGCCUAAGUAAGAAUGUUUUAUUUUUUUUUUUGUGUUUCUUAUACGGUUUUGCCUGUGUCCUGCUUUUUUUUAUUUCCUCUGUGUUUCAGUUCCUCUGCUGCUCACCUAAACUCAUUUUUACUCUCCUCUACUAGCGUUUUGUUUUCUAACCUGUUACCUCGACUAUCGUGGCAUUAAUCCAUUAACAUUUUUUUUUUUCUUCUUCUAAUUCGUUUGUCCCGUCCUGUCGGUGCCGAGCACCGUUUUACUUGUACACUUGUUCGUGCAAUUAAAUAAUUCUCUGUUCUUCUCACUUGUUUUGUGUCUUUGUAUCUUCGGUAUCUUCCUCGGCUGGGUUUUGUUGAUAAUUACUUAUAAUACUGUUUCGUUUGCCGCCUUCGUUUUCCAUGCUCGCCUUCGCGCUUCCUAACAUCUUCUCCCUCCGUUUGCAGAACCAAGACGGUACACAACUCGUGGACCAAACUCGAUGACUAUGUUCUUUAUGUCCAUCCUUUCUCGCGUAGCAAUUAUCGUGCAGAGACUGAGCUACUGAAAUAUCUACGCGAUGCGAUUUCUGGCUUCGACAGCUACUCGGAUUAAAAGACUUGAAACCGAACGACAUUACUUUGCGAUAAGAAUAAUAAAUGAGUACUGCGAACGCGCUUUCAAUUACUCUUAUCGUUAUAAUAUUCUUGUUUAUUUUUUUGGGGAGCGGGGAGGAUUUAUUUCGUUUUAACGUAAUUCACUUGUCUCCACACCGCGUCGUAAAUGAUUCUAGGGCGUGCCAAUCUAGCGUACUGAUCUCUUCGUUUAAUUAGGAAUUAAUUAGGUUUCUAUUCAAAGACUAAAUGGCGUGUCACGAGACGUCUUAUCUGUAGUGUACGUUUUCAAUGAUAUCUCGUCAUCGUUUCUUAAACUUUUGCAUUUAAUGUAACAUUUAUAUCUCUCUCUCUCUUUCUCUUGUCACUACUAUUUUUGCUUCUUCUGCUCCUCCUCUCUUUUUUUGUCUUUUUCUAUUUAAUUCUUAGCAAGAGCAUAGCCAAACCUAGCGCAGUGAUCUUUUGCUUAACAGGAUGCCUACUACGUGAAUAUUUCUCCUUAUCACAAGACGUCUACAUGGAAUGCUUCAUCGAUGCUAAUUAUUCUUCCAUCGUCACAACCCUUGACGUCGUCGCCUCAUCUCGCUCUGUUAUUCCCAUCAUCAAAGAUACGCAUAGCACUUCGUUCGCAGUCUCGAUGAUCCCUCUUCCACGUCCCACGUUUUUCUUAAUGUUCGUUUUAGGCCCUUUUCUGCUUCGUCCGACCCAAGUUCAGCAGCUUCGCGUUUGUAGUCUUCGGAUGGCAGCAUCGACCCCUAAGAAUUCUGAACCCCUUCGAAUCGUAUUAGGUGUGUGUGUGUACCUGGAAGCUAGAUCUUCCCGACGACGUUGCUCGUAGAACCCAUAUAUCCUCGUCGAACCUUAUUGAUGUUCCUCGAACGACGAUCUUUUUUAAUGAUACACCGGCACGCGCGUGCAAGCAACUCGCAGAGCCAGAACGACGAACGUUUUAUUUCUCCUCCAAUCUCUUCCUUCAACUCUUUUUUUUCCCAUCUUUUCUUUUGUACUUCACACACACUGUAACUCUUCUCCCACGUGAUAAUAGUAUCUUUUUUCUUUCGCAGAAACAACAAUAAUAUACCAAGUCGUUCGACGAUUCGUCUCGACAUUCUUUGGAUGCGAAUUGUCCCUCGUUUGAUCUCGCGACAGUACGAUUUUUAGACCCGGAUAGCACGCCCCAUGGUAAAUAUAACAUUGUGUGUAUGUGUGGUUUUUUUUUUUCUUCAUAAUAUGUGUAUGUGUGUAUGUAUGUAAUGUAUACGUGUCUCUUAACGCGAGUGAUUAUUAUG